CUCUUCUUUUCAUAUAAUCUCUACAUUGACUCGGCGAGCAUGAGUAAUGAACCCCAGCAUAUGCCUCAUGAGGUGCUUGCUGCUGCUAUUCCUGUGUUGAUCUAUUCUUUCUUUUGUCUUUCCCUUGGAGUACUGCUUGUGACUGUCCUACAUAGGACUAGGGAUGGAUUCAAUUACGUUAUAUUGUUUGCUCUUGCCACGACAUGUACGACAGUAGUCUCAAUCAUCCAGCAGUGUAACUACAUUGCCAACUGGCAUGAUUUGAGAAUCCAGCAAUAUGAGCAGUCCAUCAUCGUCAAGGGCAAUCCGGCGCUGGCGUUGGGUCCCCUGUCUCGAGGCUUCAAUGCUGUCUUAUUCUGGACAAUCUUGUACUUCUAUAAUGUCGACUCAGUGACCAUGCUCUUCUGGGCUAUCGCGCUGGUCUUUAGUGUCUGGAACAUUCGCCCAAGAUGGCUUCAACGAUGGCAGAGCCACAUCAGCUGGGCUUCCAAGGUCCUUGCAAUUGUGCUGCCAGCCUUGUUCUCUGCCCUCCGCAAGGGCUUCCAGGUCAAUGCUGGAUUCAUUGGCACCUUGAUCUUGAUGAACCUACUGAUGCUUGUCAGCUUUGCUGUUGGUGCCAUUUGCGUCAUCCUCAUUUUGUUCAAAUACCUGCGAGCCAAGAUAGGAUUCGACAGCUAUGCAUCUGCCUCCAAAUCAUAUCCAGCCGGCAGCGUAGUGACAGGUGAUGCCACAACCAGUCGGAUUGGUCACUCGGGACCGAAAGGACUCAAGGCCCGUGUUGAUGGAUGGCUGGUCGUCCGCUUCUCCAUUGCGUUUCUGAUUUUGAGUGGCUUUGAGAUCUUUCUCAUCUCUUUUGAAAUCAACCGAUAUCACAAGACGAAAAGCGCAAAGAUUGCAGGCGCACCGGAUUUUGGCAUCCACGCGUCGGUGGUCGACGUACUCAACUACCUUCCUGGAGUUACAGCAAGUCUACUCGCUUUCUUACUUUUCGGAACAACAGCGCAGCAACGAGCCAUGUACAGACCUAUGCUCGCCGCUCUCCACCCCACAAGAUGGCGCAGUCGACCAAAGUCAGCACGAUUCAGCGGUAACGUAGAUCAAUGGCAUCGUAUGCAAUCAGGAGAGUCACGGCCAUCCGAACAGACCGCAUAUGGAGAUAUCGAGAUGCAAUUACCGACGAGAAAAGACAAAGUUGUCAGAACUAUUGUUACGACUGUCGAGAGGGAGGAAGCACUUUUGAGCCCGUCACCGCCGAAUAUUGGUAUGGGGAACAUAGUGGACGAGGAAGAGCUGGGUAAGAGGACAGGAG